CUGUGACGUGCAUCGUGCCCUUUUGUAGCUUUACACAUCAUACUCCAAAAUACUGUCUUGCCGACUACAUAGCGCAUUUGUAUAUACCGAUACACACUGCCAGCGUGGGCAUAUACGAAUAUACUCUGCUAGUGUUGCUACGCUCUUUCGAUUGUGAAACGAAAAAGGGGGACGAAAUCGGUGAAAAGAAUUCGGAACAAUAAUAGAAGGAUAGGAUUGUUAGUUUUUACUUACCGUGGUCAUCGUAGUGUUUUUAGUUUGUAGCAAAUACAUCUCCUAAAUUAGCCAAGACUAAAGACUAUAAAAUGGGGAACAAUCGGCCAAACAAAGUGCAACCUAACCGAGAAGACCUAACCUCAACCCGUACAGCACGCACACUCGACAAAAAAAAAGGAAGUGACGUCCAACCGGAUGUUAAAACACACGAGGAGAUUUCCGCCUCAAUUCCAUCAUCACCAUGGAAACAAUGCAAUAAAGAAGUAUCUUCCUUGCCGACGAAGGUGAAGAGCCGCCAAACCCAGACAAAUCCGUUUUCGGAAGGACAGCAAAGCAGCUUUGUGGCGUUUGACUACAAAUACAGUAGCCGACUUAUGGCGUUAGCGGGAACAAACUACGACUCAACAAAUACCUCAGAUGAAGACGUGCCACUGGCAAUGGCCCCUCUUGCUACCGAAAUCAAAACCUUUAGAGAAAGCGCUACUCCUCCAGUGGCCAGGCGAAGAGAACACUUGACGCCCUACCACAUGAGAUACCUGGAGAGAAAGUACAAACACUGCAGCAAACCCCAGGAGUGUGAAAUACACGGUGUGGCAAAAGCUCUUCAUGUGGGAGAAGAGCAAAUAAGGACGUGGUUCAGAAAUCGAAGAUCGGAAGACUUUUUAACGGAAGAAUCUAACGACGGUUACGAAUUUAGCGAGCGGUUGCAUAGCCUUGCGCGUGCUCAUAAUGGUAGUUUAACUUGCCGUUCAGCGGUGGGAUGGGCGAGACAUGCGCAUUGCUGUCAUUGCGUUCAAAGUUUUGAGUGCUUUUGGCCGAGCACCAAUAUGCAGACGAUACGAAUGAGGCACGAUGAAGAUUUUAACUGAUCGCUUCAAAAAGGCUGUACAUACUUAAUUCUGGCACUAUGCUAGUCACUCCGUUUAUUUCUAUCCUUUUAUUCAUUAUUAGUGUUUAGCAUGAAGAAAAAGUUUAGGUUAAGAAAAUCCGUGAUAAAUGCAUCCUCGGGGACCCAGGGCGUCGCGGAGAUCGGGCACACAGGGAGCGCGCGGGACUUUUACACUGACUCGAUGAGCUGUAAUUAUAUAUCUAAAAAAAUAUUCAUACGAAGUCGAUAUCUCAUUAUUGCCAUCUUUACUAUUUAUCAGAGCCAUAUAUGUAUGUAUAUAUAAGAAUGUAUUAACAAUUUAUUAUAUUUAUCAAGUUAAGUGUAAAAAUUUGA